AUGAAAGAUACAUUUCCCAUGAUACCACAUUCCUUUAACACCAACACUAAUACACGAAAAAUUAAAAAAAGAAAACCCAAUGCAUUCAUUCUUUUUCGUAAUGAUUUAAUAAAAAAAUAUAAUAUGAAAAACAUGAAAAUGAAAGACUUGAGCAAAUUGGCUUCCAGUAAAUGGAAGGAAUUAACGGAAAAUGAAAUAAAGGAAUGGGAGAAAAUGUAUCAUUUAAAUAGAGAUCGUAAGGAUCUCAUUCAAAACUCUAAGGAUUGCAUUAUCCAGGUCGUCAAUACUUCUAAUAAUUCGCCUGCAACCAUCAACCUUACGCAAAUUAUUAGUGCUUCUGAGAUUGAUGAUUUUAAUUUUAUCUGUGUUUGCGGAAAUAGUAUUGGUAGCAAUCCAGAAUGUUCGAAUUGUACUAUGAUAUAA